GGGGGUAUUCUAAAUACUUUGUAAAUUGAUUUAUUCUACUUUGAGGAUUCAGUGAUGGUAUGCAGAGAAGAAUUUUUCAAAUUUUAUUUUAGAAUUUUAUUUUCUAAAAAUGAAGCUAAAAGGAUUCGAAAAUUAUUGUGGAAUGAGGAAGUUGAAUUGAAAAUUGUGGUAGAUCAGAGUGGAGCAAGCAUAAAUACCCUCUCCAUCCAUCCUGUAACAUGUUGGUCUCUAGGGAUUCUGGAUUCUCAGCUCGUCAAAACCUCCUUCACAAUUACCACUGAUCACGGAAAAUCUUCAAAUAUCGAACGAGUUAUGAAGGUUCAGACUUCCACUUCUGUAAAAAUAGGAAGCCUUAGGAUAUCCAGAUGCGAUGUUUUUAACCUCUUUGGACCGGAUUUAGUAAAAAAUGUUGCGGUUGAUAACAUCACUCCUAACUUCAAAUUUCACGAGACACCAAUUCCGAUUUCAGAAGAUGCAAAGUUAUCCUUGAUGAGACAACCGAGUGUUGCCAAGAAUAUAAGAUUGGAGAAGCAUCAUUUGAAACAAAUUUUGAAGAGUGCGAAUGUGUUCUACAAGAAUGACGUCAUCCGAAUUACAAACUACAACGCCUACACUGACAAGACAACUCACCUAUUCUAUAAAUUGGAUGUCUCCAGUUCACCUUGCAUCAUGGAUUCCUCAACAGCUGUCUAUGAAACUUCUGCCGUUUCCCAAUCACUUCCUUUCUCAAACUUUUUACUCAAAAACUCAUUGACAUCCUCCAUGAGAACCACUGUUUUCCGAAUGACUCAAAUCUACUCGGCCCAGAAAACUAUCUCGAAAAAGGCUCUAGUUCUGUUAGUAACCGGCGCUUCUGGAUCCGGCAAACGACUGAUGAGUCGAGUUUUUGCUUCUGAAACUCAUCGGAACUUUUUCGAAGUUGAUGGAUAUGAGAUGGUCUGUGAGAAUGCGUCGACGUCGGAGGCAAAGUGGACGUCGUGGUGGGAAAAAGCAAAGUUACUUCAGAACUGCGUAUUGUUCAUCAGAAAUUCAAAUGUUCUGGCUAUUGAUCAAUUUAAUGCAUUAGACCGCCGUAUCUUACAGUACAUGGAACAGAAAUUAUCUGAACCAUCCAAAAUCACAGUCAUAUUCUCGUGCAACACGGAUACGAUGUCCUCCAUGCCCGCCAACGUAAAGAACCUUGCGCUUUACACCUUUUCAGCAGAGUUUAUGGAUGAAAAUGAUCGGAAAACGUGGCUUCAAUAUUAUUUGAACGAGAAACUCGCAAAUCACGUCGCAAAGAAGACAUCUGGGUUUACGUUGGCAGAGUUGGAAAAGCUCGUGAAAAAUGGGAAGAAAGUGAAAAUCGAGGAGAAGGAAGAGAAAGUUUAUGAGGAUUUGAUUGAUAAGAGGAAUUCGAAUUUUGCAGAUGCUAUUGGAGCACCAAAGAUUCCAAAUGUACGAUGGGAAGAUGUUGGAGGUCUCGAAGAGACGAAACAGACCGUCCUGGAAAGUAUCCGCACAAAUUUAUUUGGCUCAAGAGCUCUUAAAAGAUCUGGAAUUAUACUUUAUGGCUCCCCUGGUUGCGGAAAAACUCUCAUUGCUAAGGCAGUGGCAACGGAGUUUAAAAUUGCAUUCUUAUCAGUUAAAGGUCCAGAACUUCUCAAUAAAUACGUGGGACAAAGUGAAGAGAACCUGCGGAAAGUCUUCGAAAGAGCUAAACAAGCUUCUCCGUGCGUAAUUUUCUUUGACGAAAUCGACAGUUUGGCUCCGAAUCGCGGAAGGAAUGGAGAUUCUGGAGGGGUCAUUGACAGAAUUGUAUCUCAACUGCUCGCGGAGCUAGACAAACUUCAUAACUCCCCACUAACUAAAGUUUUUGUAAUGGGAGCUACGAAUCGUCCAGAUUUGCUGGAUAAUUCUCUAAUGACUCCUGGAAGAUUUGAUAAGCUGGUUGAGGUGAAGCCUGGUGAAGAUGUAGAGUCGAAGACUAAGAUUUUGGAAGCAGUCUCAAGAAAAAUGAGAUUCGAAGAGGAUGUUGAUUUGAGAGAAAUUGCAAGUAAAGUUGACGAAAAAAUGUCCGGUGCACAACUAUUCUCCAUAAUUUCUAACGCUGGAAUGGCUGCAAUUGUGGAAACGAUUCAAAGUAUUGAGGACGGGAAGACUGAAAAUCAAUCAAUACGGGUUGCUCAGAGACAUCUUUUGGAAAGUGUGAAGAGGUUUCAUGAAACUAAAUAUUAGUUUUUGAAAAUCUGAGAAAUAAAUUGUGGUUUAUAGG